GUCCGUUACCCCCACUCUCACUAGCGCGAUCGCUGUUUGCCUGAAUCAAAGUCACCGCCCCAGCCGAAGUUUUCUGUUGAAGUUUUUUGGGGUAUUCUCGAGAGAACCGGACUACGCCGGACUCAGCACCGCAGCGGCAGUGCAUGCAGUGACAUAAGCUAAUUUGCUUUUCUCCGAAUUCGAAAAACAUCCAACACCGAAAUCUCUUUUUCAGAAGUGUUAACGCGUGCAUGAAGAAUCUCAUCUGACAGACCAAAGUCAUGUUCGCCCUCUCGGAGCUGACGGCCCUCCCAGAGUGGCAGGGGGGGUGCUAUAAGCUGCUGAAGCCCUGGUGGGAGGUGUUUAUGGAGUACCUGGUGGUGCUCAUGCUCAUGGUCUCCGUGCUCGCCGGGACCCUCCUCCUGUCCCGGGACGGGGUGGUGUGCCUCCCCGUCGACCCCCACCAUGCCCCCUCCCUGAAUCACAGCUCCCCCCACCUCCCUGAAUCCAUGCCCCCCCACCGUCAGCCCUCCCCAGACUCCCGCCAAGGACCUCUCCCAGCCAAUCAGGAUCGUAAUCACGCUUCCCGUCCUCCUCCUCCUGUUCCCCAAACCGCGGCGGCCCCCCCGCACCGGGCCCCCCCGCCCAGGGGGCGGCGCACACACCUGGACUACCAGCAGUACGUGUACGUGGCGCAGGUGUGCUACCACGAGGCGCUCCCCUGGUACUCGCGCUUCUUCCCCUACCUGGCGCUGCUGCAGUCGCUGGUGCUGCUGGCCAGCGGCUGCUUCUGGUUCCGCUUCCCGCGCACCUCCGCCCGCAUAGAGCACUUCCUGGUCAUCCUGGGCAAGUGCUGCGAGUCGCCAUGGACAUCCCGCGCUCUCUCCCUCGCCGCGCGGCUGGACGGCGCGCGGGGGUGGGCGAAGGAGGGCGGCAGGACGGAGGGCGUGGUCGCGGGAGGGGCCGGGCCCAAACCUCCACCGCCGCCGCCGCCGCCCUCCUCCACAUCCGCCUCCCGCUCCCCCUCCAUCGCAGGCCGGUCCAGCCUGGAUUCGGGCACUGACAGCCCCCUGCUGGUCAGGUCGGGGAGUGCGUCUGCCUCCGCCCACGUGACGCCCCCUUCGCCCUGUCCCUCUGCUCUCUCCCGCUCCUCCUCUCUCUCCUCCGGGUCCUUCUCCCCCUCCUCCCCCUCCCCCUGUGCACCCCAGCAUGCCCCUCCCGCGCGGGACGGCCCCCCCCAGGCGUCCAGCCUCGACCGGAGCGACGGGGAGCAGGCGCGGGCUCUUUUUGAGAGGGUGCGCAGGUUCCGCGCCCAUUGCGAGUCCUCCGAUAUAAUCUACAAGGUGUACCUGGCACAGACUGUGUUCAAGGUGCUGAAGUUUGUGCUGAUCGUGAGCUACACGGUGCCGCUGCUUGGCUCCAUCUCCUUCAGCCACGUGUGUGAGCCGCAGGCCCGCGCCCUGACGGGGUACAGCGCCUUCCACUGCACCCACAGCCUGGCCUCCACCCUGCGCAAGCUGCUGCUAGCGUACCUGGGCCUGCUGGUGCUGUUCGGCCUGCUGGGCCUCUACACGCUCUGCUGGAUCUGCCACAGGUCUCUGCGGCAGUACUCCUUCCAGCGCGUGCGGGACGCGGGCUCCCUGCAGGACGUCCCGGACCUCUGUAACGACCUGGCCUUCCUGCUGCACAUGGCGGACCAGUACGACCCGCUGCUGUCCCGCCGGCUGUCCGUCUUCCUGUCGCCCGUCAGCGAGACGCAGCUGCUGGAGGAGAGCCUGGAGCGCCGGUGGGACGCCGCCCGGCUGCGCGCCGCCGUGACCUCCGACCCCCACGGCCACGCCCAGCUGCAGCUGGUGGCCCUACCCAGGCUGCCCCGCGCCCUCUUCUCCCUCAGCCACCUGGAGGUGCUGAAGCUGGAGCUGAUCGCCAACGCCAAGCUGCCCGCCCAGGUGUCCCACAUGACCUCACUCAGGGAGCUGCACCUGUACCACUGUCCCGCUGCGGUGGAGCCAGGGGCCCUGGCAGUGCUGCAGGAGCGCCUGGAGGCCCUGCACCUCACCUUCACCCAGGCAGCGGAGAUCCCCAGCUGGGUGUACACGCUGCGGGGCCUGCAGGAGCUGCACCUGACCGGCCGGGUGGGCGGGGAGGGCGGGGCCGGGGGCGGGGCCGGGGGCAGGGCAGGGGGCGGAGCCGGGCGGGGCUGGGCGCUGGGCAGCCUGAGGCAGCUGCGGCACCUGCGCACGCUGGUCCUGCGGGGGGCGCUGCUGCAGCGGGUCCCGGGCGAGCUGGCGGAGGUGGCGGGCAGCCUGCUGAGGCUGGAGGUGCACAACGAGGGGGCGCGGCUGCUGGCGCUGACGGGGCUCCGGCGGCUGGCCGGGCUGGCGGAGCUCAGCCUGCAGGGCUGCCAGCUGGAGAGCCUGCCCUCCGCGCUGCUGGCGCUGGGCGGCCUGCGCGGCCUGGACCUGCGCCACAACGCCCUGCGCACCCUGGAGGGCCUGCUGGGCCUGCAGCACCUGCGCCGCCUGGCCUGCCUGCAGCUGGCGCACAACCGCGUGCUGGCGCUGCCCGCCAGCGUGGGCAUGCUGCGGGCGCUGGAGCUGCUGGACCUCAGCCACAACCGGCUGCAGACGCUGCCGCCCGCGCUCUUCUCCCUGCCGCGCCUGCGCUGCCUCCUGCUGGCCGCCAACCUCCUGGAGGACCUGCCGGCGGAGGUGGCGGCGCUGACGCAGCUGGCGGAGCUGGACCUGAGCGCCAACAAGCUGGAGUCGCUCCCGCCCGCGCUGCCCGCCCGCCUGCGCACCCUGGACCUGGCCCACAACUCCCUGGGGGGCCUCCCGGCCGGGCUGGGGGCACUGGGCGAGCUCUCGCGGCUGGACGUUCGCGGGAACAGCCUGGAGGCUCUGCCCGCGGAGCUGGGGGCGUGCGCGGGGCUGCGGGGGGGCGGGCUGCUGGCGGAGGACUGGCUCCUCCUCUCCCUGCCCGCCCACGUCCGCGAGUCCCUGCGGCAGCCGGACUCCGCCGCCGGCGCCGCCGCUGCCACGGCAACGGACGCGCGCUCCCGCCCAAACUCCCGCCCAAACUCGGACUCCUUCCCCACCUUCUCAGCGACACAGUGGAGCUUCCAGUCCGCUCUGGAGUCUCGGAUAUAGACACACAUACACUGAUACGGAUGCACACAUGGUCAUGGAUAUAGACACACAUACACUGAUACGGAUGCACAUAUGGUCAUGGAUAUAGACACAGAUACACUGAUAUAGAUACACAUGGUCAUGGAUAUAGACACAGAUACACUGAUAUAGAUACACAUAUGGUUACAGAUAUAGACACAGUUACAUGCACAAAUGCACAGAUAAGGAUCUGCACUGUUCUGUGCAGGGGGCGUGGCUAGGAAUUCUGGGCCCCCUGAAAGAAUAUUGCUCUGGCCCCCCCUUUUUAAAAAACAAAACAAAUAAAAAAUUUUUUAGGCCCUCUCCAGAUGUGCUGAACACCAAAAAGACCCCCCGCCAACCAGCAAACAGUCACAAUGGUGCUCCCUACUCACAGUUUCAAAUGCGGACACACACUCCAAACGAUGGUUUGCUGAAAAAGGACUGUUGAGUUUUUUGGGGUUUUUUUUGGAGGAUACAGAGCUAUUCAUCCAUGACCUGGCCCCCUCUCAGCACCUGACUAAUAAACAGCGGAUAGGACAACUUGUUUUCAGCCUCUUCCCUCAGCUGGCCUGGCCCCUUAGGGAUCCUGUGCGGGGUGGGGAGGGUCAAACAUGGCCCCUGUCUCUUUUGUCUGGAAACUCGAACACUGCACAGCUUGGUGGAAUGAGGACGGAAUUCCAACACGCUUGAGAUUUGCCUCAGAACUCUGCUCCAGUUUAUUUGCUGGUGCUCCUGUCAAGUUCUACGUUUCUCUCGAGUUACAUCAGGAAAGAAGGAAACUGUGUGCAGUGCACUGUGUUAUAUUAAGAUGUUUUACUGAUGUGUGAUACUUCUAGAGUUCAGUUCAGGAGAUGCUAUCGACUGAUUUAACUUGUUGCACAACUAAAAUGUAAAGCAGGACUCUCUAAUGUGUAUAUUUGGGUCUGUUUUUUAAGUUUUUUCAGCUUUUGAAUUUACAGUCUUCGAUGUCUUUCACAAUACUGUGGAUGUUCGUGUGCAUGCAGACGUGUGUGUGUGUGUGUGUGUGCACUUGUGCAUUGGCUUUUAAUGUAUAAAAACACCUGUAGUUCACUUGGGUACAUGCUCGCACUGAGAGGACUUUUUGGAUUAGGAAAACAGGGCAGCUAACAUGAUAAUUAAAACAAUAUAGAAGCCAUGACUAACACCCGAUCUCCUUUUUUAUUUUACAUUCUGAUAUUCCAUUAAAAUAAAAUAAAAACAUUUUCUGUGCGUGUGACCAUCUGCGUGUUUGAGGUGAAAGGGUUCAAAUGUCAAAGGAAAAACAGAUUCAUGUCACUGUCCCUCCCACAAAGCAGAUCAGGCACUACACCCCGAGCUCUGCCUUCUCACCCAGAGCCCCACCUUCUCCAGACUGGGUCUCAAUGUUGGAGCCUUCUGCCCAGCCACAUGCAGCCCAAUCCCACCCCCUUCCCUUCCCCACAUCUCAGCACUAAUGCCCCUGGUAAUGGACUGAUGUCCCAAAAUCCCCAUCCCCCAGUUCUGCGCCUCCAGCUACACUUUAGAAUCCUUCCUCCAAGCUUUUGUGUGGUGGAAUUCAUGUCCAGGAAUACUACUGUGUGUGACCCUUCCCUCCCUGUAUGUGUGUGUGUUACCCUCACUCUUUCA